CUGGAGGAUACCGAUUUGAAAUAACGUCCGGUUUAUUUUAAACAAAUGAUUAAUUUUUAUUUGUUUAAGCGAUAUGUAUGCUACUUCCGAUCGUCUGCCGGAAGUUUUCGAUCUACUGUUGCUACUGGCGAAGUGACGCUUUGGCUGAUGGUCAGUGCGCGUUCAAAAUAGUUGAAUGAAAGAGAAAGUAAAACAAGACAGUAAACGGAAGUAAUAUUUAUAUAAAUGAUAAUCUACUUUUAUAAACGCACAAGUAAUCUAAAGUGGCAUUAACGUUUAACAUUGCUACUCUACAGUCACGAAACGAUAAAAGUCGAUAUACUACCUGUGAUCACACAGAAAGACAAAAUAUUGGAUAUAUUGGGAUUUAUUGCUCUUCUGUGUACUUUUGUGGAUUAUUACUUGCGUUAUAAUAUAAAUGUUACGUGUAUGUAAGUUGUAACCAGCAAUGAAACUAAAAAACUUUUUAUCAAAAUUAUCUGUUUGGGAAGUAACUUAUUAAGUAGACUGUGUUUGUGGAAAAUGUGUGAAACAGACCACAGUUUAGACGACAGGGAAGUAACAAAUUGUUUGAUAGAUCUCAGUGAAGUAGCUAAAUAUGUCACUGACAAUAAAUCAAAGGUUUCUAGAACCGCUAUAAAUGAUUGGUCUGAUGAAGGUAUAGGAUGGAAGAAAUCUUAUGAAAAUGCUUUAAAAACAAAUAAUACUAACAAUGUGAAAAAGAAACGAAAUGUAGAGAGGUCUUUAACAGAUCUUACUUAUGGAAGUGGUUACUCGAACCAAAACCAGGGAGACGAUUAUUGGUCAAAUAGCUCGACAUUGCUGGAACAUAAACCGGCAGUUAGAUGUAUUGGAGACGAUUUGGAAACGUUUCCAAUUCCACCAUGGAAGUCCAAUAUAGAACAAGGUACAUGCAGAUAUAUACAUGACAAUGGUAGUUAUAGGACAUUAAAAUUUAUGUAUGACGAUAGAAAAGACUGGUACACUAUGAGAAAGAAACGGCCAGAAAAAGUGUCAACUACCUGGCAUCACACUUGUAAAAGAAUGCAAAGAGAAAUGAAGAGGCAGCUAAAGAAAGAGCUCGCCACUGCUGAACGAGAACGCGAUAGAAAUGUUAAUUCAAAAAGCAGUCAGAGUAGUGUUAUAGAAAGUGCUGAGCCCUCCGCGAGUGGGGAAGACACAGACACUCGGGCGACAACAAGCAGAAGUCUGAUAUCUGUUGAUGAAAAGUUAGAAGAACGAAGUAGUCAUCAACAACUUGAAUUGUUCGUCGGCAGGGAACCUCUAAACAAAAAUAAAGAUGUUGCUGGGUCUGAUCCUAAGCUUCCUAGUAACGAAUAUCACAGCAAGCACAUUCAUAGGAAAGAAACUCGCGUGAGAAGUACGCACUCAGACGGUGCUGUUAAUCAAACAAGAAAAAUGAAAACUAUUCAUGAAUCAGAACCUGUUACACCAGUACCUCAUUAUUCUAUACCUUCAGGUAGCCAGAUGAUAAAGUCUGCAAGUGAUUUAUUCAUUGAAAAUUUCUCUACAAGAAUAAGUGCAUUAGAGGACGAAAUAAAGAAAGAUUCGAAAUGGUUACGCAAAAAUGAAAAUGAACUGACCAAAAUACAAAGUAAUCGCACUAAAUAUCGAGAAGUAAGUCGUUCUAAUUUCAAAGAAGGCGGGACGGCUAGUAUAACUCCGCGUGGUCCAGUGAGAACAGAACACCUUACUAGUGAUAUUUUUAGUGUCAAACCAAUGGCUCACAAAGAACUGAGACCACUGGAAAAAAUAAAAAGUGGUAAUAAGACAAGUAAUAUUGGCCAAAACGGCGAUUACAUACAAAAUGAGAAAUAUGGCAAUACUCCAAACAGAAAUAAUUACAAUAGUUUUACAAACGGCAAUAACUUCUAUUCAGAUUUUGAUAGAGGAACUAGCUAUAAAGCUGCCGACGAUAUCUCCAACCAGGGUUUAUUUAAUACACUCACAGGUACAAAAAUCAAUACACAAAACAAUAAAAAGACAUCAAAAGGAUUCUCAACGCCAUCGACAAUCACACUUUGUGAUAACAGCUCAAAUAGUGGAAAUACUAGUCAACAUGUUAACGACAAAUCGGGAGAUUCAUACAGGUCAAUACCAAUUGUGAUCGAAAAGAAACCAGACAAACGGGGAACGCUGCAAAACAUUCCAGCGUUGCUGCCAGAAAUAUCAGGGAAGCGAUUAGAACCCACAAGUGUUCCCCACAGGUUAUUGUAAUAAUUUGACAGACUACUGUUAUUUGGUAAUGAUUUAUUUAGUCGCUUUAUCGUCUCACAUUUUCGGUACUGCUUGAAUGAUCCCAUUCUCACCCAUCAGAGGUUCGCCAAAAUCCCGAGGGAGCCAUGGUAUACCUCUGGCAUGGAAUGAUCCAAAACAACAAAUAACCUUUCGACAGAAUUGUCAGGAUAGUCAAAAGCUUUUGUUUAUAGUAACAUAAUAAGUGUAGAGCGAGACAAGAAAUAGGUAUGUAGAUUUUUUUAAAGGAUAAAAGAUCUAUAUAAUCAAUGGAUAUUUAUUAAAAUCACGUAAAUAUUUGUAUCAGUAAAACGCUUGGUUAAAUUACAUGGUGAAUUUUGAGCAUGUAAAAACAAAUUUGUACUAAGAAAAUCAUUUCACUCUACACGUACUAGAGCUAUGUUUUAAGAACAUUCGACAGAAAGUGUAUUUAUCUUUGUUAAAAUUUUAUAACGCUUUAUGAAAUUUGGUAAGUAUAUAUAUAUAUAUAAACAAAGUUUUUAUUUCAAUAUCUAAACAGAUAAAACAAAACUGAUCAUGGGUAUACUUUAUGACAGCAAAAAAAGAGAUACGUCACUAAAAGGAAAAGAUGUCUUUCCCAUCAAUAUUUUUAAACAAGACUUAAACGCCCGCGUGCUAUUGGUGGCGCUUUGAGGAGGCUGCGUUUCUUUGAACGUGGCUAUACCUGUUGAAUAUUCAUCCUUGUUCUUUUUACAGGUAGGAAACUAUGUUAAAGGAAUUCGAAAAAAAGUUAUUGAUUUCAGUCUGAAGAUUUUUAUGCCCCCGAAGGGAGGCAUAUAGUUUUUGAACCGUCUGUCGGUCUGUCAGUCUGUCGGUCUGUUCGCAAUUUUCGUGUCCGGUCCAUAUCUUUGUCAUCGAUGGAUGGAUUUUCAAAUAACUUGGCAUGAAUGUGUACCACAGUAAGACGACGUGUCGCGCGCAAGACCCAGGUCCGUAGCUCAAAGGUCAAGGUCACACUUAGACGUUAAAGGUCAUUUUUCAUGAUGUGCAUUCGUGUCCGGUCCAUAUCUUUGUCAUCCAUGGAUGGAUUUUCAAAUAACUUGGCAUGAAUGUGUACCACAGUAAGACGACGUGUCGCGUGCAAGACCCAGGUCCGUAGCUCAAAGGUCAAGGUCACACUUAGACGUUAAAGGUCAUUUUUCAUGAUAGUGCAUUCGUGUCCGGUGCAUAUCUUUGUCAUUCAUGCAUGGAUUUUAAAAUUAUUGGGCAUGAAUGUGUACCACAGUAAGACGACGUGUCGCGCGCAAGACCCAGGUCCGUAGGUCAAAGGUCCUAAACUCUAACAUCGGCCAUAACUAUUCAUUCAAAGUGCCAAGGGGGGCAUGUGUCAUCCUAUGGAGACAGCUCUUGUUUUUGUAUGGAUAAGGGGUAUAACACCUGUCACUACACAUACAAGGACAUAAAAUGAAUUUAAGACAGAUAAACGGUUCCGUCAACCAGAGAAUACUGUAUAAAAUACAGUAAAGCUUUUAGAUACAGAGGUUCAAAAUGAUGAAGGCUUACACAUUUUUCCCCUUUAGUGACUUUUAUGUUUUUGUAGAUUAAUUUUGUUUUAUCUGUUUAGAGAUUUAAAUAAAUCUUUUUGUAUAUGUUUAUAUACUUUCCAAAUGUAUAGUAAAGACAUUCACGUUUCGAUUCCUAUUUUAUUAGCGAAUAAAAUUUCAGGUAGCGAAACGCCAUAAUAAGAUAGAAAUUGCUCACAAUUGGUGUGUUCUCUUAAGCAACCAAACUUUAACUGCCGUCUUCAUAUUUUGUUGAUCAACAAUUUUUACAUAUGCUCAGAAUUAUUUACAUACAGUUUGAUAUCGAAACUUAUUGGCAAUGUUGUAACAUUGGCAAUGUAUCACCCAAAGGAGAUUCAUAUGCUAAACCUGUCGUGGAUGGUGUGGUUGAAAACCUUUUUAAAAGUUGACUGUGUACAUUAAUUUAAGAACACAUUCAUUGUAAUCGGUGCCAGUUCAUUCUAUUUUCCAAAUCAAAACGAAUAUUAUAUAAUUUGAAACUGUUAAACACACGUUCAGUCUCUAAAUUCGAUAAUACUUCAAAGAAAACUUCGUAUGAAUAAUUAAUACACCGCCUGUUACAUCUGCGAUGUUCUGUGUAAACCUGAACUCUUAUUGGAGUCUUACUUUGGUCUUGUAUUGGUGCUAUAGUGAGUUGACUAAAUAUUAGACUGGUUGACCAAGUGCUAUAGUUAGUUAACUGAAAAAUAGACUGGUAGACCAGGUGUUGCUGUUAAUUGUCUAAAUAGUAGGCUGGAUGAACAGAUGAUACUAUUAGUUAAUUAGUCAGAAUAACUUUUUUUAAGUCCAAUUACCCUUGUUUCGUCAACACUGCUCAGGACUGUAUUCAGUGGUUUGACAGUUCUUUGCCGCUGUGAAUCUAUGUUUUUGUUAUCUACUAGUAUAUUCAAGCAAAUUUUGAAAAUAUUAAUUAUUUGACGAAAAUCAUUCAGGAAUAAUAUUCCAUUGCAUGCAACAUUUUAAAAAAACAAAUGAAGAGUACAUGUACUAGUUACACACAAUAUUUCAGGUAAUUCCAAAUAGUUUUUUUAUUAUACUAAUGCAUUUUAGCGGUUUAUACUGGUUUACUGUAUAUGUUUUCUUGUCUCAUCAUAAGUAUUUAUUGGAUGUACAUGUUGCUCAAUGACUUGAAAACCCGUUUAUAUAAGGACAUAUACUAGUAUCGUUAAAAAUGCGAUUUAAAAUGGAUUUGUUAAAUAUUUAAAUGUGUAAAGUUGAUGUUUCACAAUUAUAUUUAAGAAGUGUACUUGAACAAAAUAUAUUAAGCGUCUUUUUAAAUUAUAUACAUUGUAUAUGCAAGGUCAUAACUUGGAUUUAUUUUAAACUUAUUGUAUAUAUCGAUUUACCAACAGUGCUGAAAUUUAAGUCAUUAAAACCACUUUAAACCCUUCAGGUUAAUCAUGUAUCAAUUUAUAGAUUUUUAUUUUUAUGUUUGAUAAUUAGAUUCAAAAACCAUAAUAAUGCGUAAGGUAUUUAACCUACAAAUGCCACGACCAGGUGAAGACAUUUGACGACGUCUGAAUUUUAACAGGAUAAAAAAAAACAUUUAUAUUUGUAAUAUUAUACUUUGUUUUUUUUUUGUAUGAAACAGCGGUGUUUCCAUCGGUCAAAGUCAUGCCAAAGUUUUAGUAUCCAACAUGCAUUACUGAUACCCUAAUUGCAUCGUUAGUUACACAUGAAAAGUGAAAAUUGAGGCCUUACAUCUCCAGGAUAUAACUGUAUGUAGUUUUUGUUUUAUUUACAAUGAUGCCUAACACUGGAAAGACUUAUUAACUUGGUACGUGAACAAUUCAUUACAUAUUAUUUUACGUGUAAUUUCUGCUACAAGUUUAUCUCGUAAAUACCUACAUAUAGGAAAUGUGGGUUAGUUAUUGACACUCAUUUCGUAACUGUCUUAAUGUGUUUAAUACCAUGCACAGUAAGUGGUCGUCGACAAAGAGUUUCGGGGGUUUUUGAACAAGUGGGUUGGCCUAAACACCGACAUUGUUAAAUAGAUAUCAUUUAAUGAAUAUUGGCAUAACUGAUAUGAUCUCAUUCUGUGUGAUUUUUAACACUGUGACCAAUCAGUAUAUACAUGUAAACUGGAAACCUGAAAGGUCUAAACAUGAGAGAGAGAGGUGUUAUGACCAAUUACACACGUCGUAUAACAUAAAACGUUUAAAAUAAAUAAAUUUAUUUGAAAUAAUGUCUGUAGUAGCUAUAUAUUAUGUUAAAUAUUUUCUUAGAAAUGUCUAUUUUUAUGUAUCACUGCAAUACUGCAAUAUAUUAAAAACUUUAAAAAAGUUA